AUGUAUCGCUACCCCACCGCCCUCCUAGGCCUAGUGCUCUGCCUGGCCCAGACGAUCCACACGCAGGAGGGGCCCCUGCCCAGACCCUCCAUCUCGGCUGAGCCAGGCACCGUGAUCCCCCUGGGGAGGCCUGUGACCAUCCAGUGCCGGGGCCCAGUUGGCAUUUACGCAUUCCGCCUGGAGAGGGAGGAUAGACUUGAGUAUAAAGAUAAUUACAAUGUGUUUCGACUUGGUCCAUUUGAGUCCGAGGCCAGGUUCCGCAUCGACUCAGUAAGUGAAGCCAACGCCGGGCUUUAUCGCUGCAUCUAUUAUAAGACCCCCCGAUGGUCUGAGCACAGCGACUACCUGGACCUGGUGGUGAAAGAAACCUCUGGAGACACGGACUCCCCCGUCACAGAGCCCGACUCCUCAGCUGGACCCACGCAGAGGCCGUUGGACAACAGUCACAAUGAUCAUGCACCUGCUUCCCAAGGCCUGAGUGCUGAGCAUCUUUAUAUUCUCACCGGGGUCUCAGUGGUCUUCCUCUUUUGUCUCCUCCUUCUGGUCCUCUUUUUCCUCCAUCGCCAGAAUCAGAUAAAGCAGGGGCCCCCCAGAAGCAAGGACGAGGAGCAGAAGCCACAGCAGAGGCACGACCUGGCUGUUGAUGUUCUAGAGAGGACAGAAGACAAGGCCACAGUCAGUGGACUUCCUGAGAAGGACAGAGAGACGGACACCUCGGCCCCGGCUGCAGGGGACCCCCAGGAGGUGACGUAUGCGCAGCUGGACCACUGGGCCCUCACACGGAGGACAGCCCAGGCUGUGUCCCCACAGUCCACAAAGCCCAUGGCUGAGUCCUGCACGUAUGCAGCCAUUGCCAGACACUGACCCCAGGCCCACCUGACCUCUACACCUGAGGAUAUAAAGUCACUCUAGGAAAAGCCUGAAGCGGCCAUUUGGAAGGCUUCCUCUUGGACUCAUCAUCAUCUGGAAAGCGAGUCAGGCAGCUGUCCAGGAGACAUGAGCUGGAGACGAGUUUUCUAACCAGCUUCCAGAAGUUUCCUUAACCAGGUGGUUCCUUCUACAAUUGACCAGCUCCUUGGAUAGACUGUGUUCCACAGGUUGUCUCCAGAGACCCAGCUAC